AUGGUAUUGCUGAAGGAUAUUUUGAACUACGAGAGCGAGGAAGGGGUCUCAAAACCUUCCAAUAAGUCUGCUUUGCCCGAGUUGAGGGGUUUGCAACGUAACGAUGGCAGUGCAAAGAAUCACGGAAAUAUGCCCUCGCCAGCGUCGAGUGCUUCUUCAAAUGGCAGCUGCAAUGAUCAUAGUGAUAACGAUACUUAUCACUCCGAAGGAACUAGGAGAUCAAGUUACGAUGAACAAAAUUCGACUAAUGUGAGCACACCACAAAGUGAAAUAUCGUCUGGAUCAGAAGAAGAGCACUUGGUGUGUCAGUGGGACCAAUGUGGACAGGUGUUUAACCAGGCUGAACUGUUAUAUCACCAUCUAUGCAAGGAUCACGUGGGCCGUAGAUCCCAACAGAACUUACAAUUAAACUGUAAAUGGGGGAACUGUCAAGCCAAGACUGAGAAACGAGACCAUAUUACAUCUCAUCUGAGGGUCCAUGUUUCUUUAAAGCCUUUCAAAUGCUCAAAAUGUGGCAAGAAUUUCAAGAGACCGCAGGAUUUGAAGAAACACUUGAAGAUUCACAUCGAAUCACACAUUCAAGUGAAGAAGAAGAGGGGGCCCAAAUCUGGUUCUAAGAGAGUUUUGAAAGUGAGCAAGCCGGAUGAAAAGAAGAAUAAUGUGGCAGCUCCCUCGCCUACUGGUUCAGAAUCUCCAACCAAUGUGGGGAUGCCAUUGAUCUCCUUGCAACAGUUAGUCGCCAAUGAGCUUCCUUCUUAUGAGCCUGUAUACACACCACAAUUAGGAGCAAGAUUACAAACUGUUCUGCCUCCAAUAGUAAGCGACGAAACUUUACUAAGAAAUUCUGUCGCGGCGACAAAUGCUGCUUCUUUCUUUUCCACUUUGGCUCAUAACAUGACAAACAUUAGAUCUGUCCAAGGUGGGUAUCAGCAGCCUUUUGCGAGGAAUGAAAUGACAGCAAACGUUUCUCCUUUACUUGGAGGAUCCACCAUGAAUAGUUCUCCACGCACAGGUGCGUUUGGCAACAGAAAUUAUCCAGCGGUCCCUUCACUACCACCUAUUGGAGCUCAAACUAUAUCCCAUGACAGAGCUUCAGUAUUACCACCUUUGUCGUCAGUCCCAAUACUAAUGCCAAGGCACAAAACUUUUGAGAAUUCAUCUCAUUUCAAUAACCAAGGCCAAUGCUUCAGUUCGAUGCAAAGAAGUAGUGGAAACGUCGAUAGUAUUCAAGAUGAUGAUCUAAUAACGAAAUUGGUGUCGCUAAACCUCGCUGAUGAGAAUGAUCUCGAAGACUAUGAAGAUACUUUACUAUCUGCCAUCAUGAUGAAAGACUACUUAUUCUGCCUAUUGCUUGAAGAUGAGUUUGAAACAGAAGGUGAAAGAGAUGAAUUGAACACGGGAGUUCAUGAUCAUUCCACUGUCAAGUUGUCAAGAUACCCACAGGUUGUAGUUUGA